UUCGUACCUUUCGCAUUUAUCAACCUGCAAGUGAGUCCCACAUAAAUCAUGCUGUUAAAAUGGCUGUAUCUCGGUCUGAUCUUAAUUGUUUUUACACCUCCCAUCAGCAGUCGUAGGGAAAUAUGCUUUUUGCCCAGGAAUACUGGGAGGGGUAGCAUUUGGAGUAGGCGCUGGUACUUCGACAGUAAUAGGAAACUUUGCCGGCGAUUCAGGUUUUUUGGAAACCUCAAUAAUGGAAAUGCAAAUAACUUUGCGAGCUGGAGGCACUGCCAAAUAAAUUGUUUCUAAAAAUGUAUAUUUUUUCAAAUAUGUAGUAUUAUUAGUAUUAUUCUUCAAAAAUAAUAGCAUUUUCAAUCAGAGAAUUAAAAUUUUAAACGUACGUUCUUAAAGUUGUUUUUUAAAUAAAUAAAAAGAAAGAGUAUUAAUUUGUUUUAGGUGAUCUAUCUAUUACCAGUAGUUGCCAUCAUCUUAUACCAGUUUUUCAGUUAUAUUAUGCCCAAAAAGCUAGAUCAUAUAUAAGCAGAUGAUUUUAAACUAACAAAAUAUUGGUUUAUCCUUAACAAUUGAGUUUGUUUUGCACCACCUGGUUUAAUAUGUUUUUUAGUUCGAGAAUAAUUGCCGAUGGUAUAAAAGCUAUAAACACCUAUUUAUUCGAGUUAGUUUCAUUUGAUUCACCAUGCUGUUGAAAAUUUCGUGUCUCCUUGUUAUUUUGGUCAUCUGCCUGCAACAGAGUCAGUCGAUGAACAAGAGGUGCCUCAAGCCUCUUAAAGAGGGCACUGGAAAGGCCUACCUGCGCAGUUGGUUCUACAACUCCACAGCCCAGCGAUGCCAAAGGUUCAUCUUCUUAGGCGGUGCGAGGAAUGGCAAUCACUUUAAGACCAAAGCUCGAUGUCGCAAAAUUUGCCUAGCCCAAGUGGCUUUGCCAAUUAAGUUAUCCUCCACUGAUGAUGGCGUUUAAAAAGAACAACGAUCUGAAUCAGAUACAAUGUAAUAAA